CCAACAGAGGGGGUGGCGUUUGAUUCGGUAAAAACCGAGAUUGAACGAACGGACUGUGUAACCGACGAAACUGCCCCUUUAAAUCAAGAAUACAGCGCAUUCGGAGGAGGUGAAGGUUUACAGCUGACCAUCUGACCUGAGAUCACAACCACUCCUGACCAUCUGACCUGAGGUCACAACCACUCCUGACCAUCUGACCUGAGGUCACAACCACUCCUGACCAUCUGACCUGAGGUCACAACCACUCCUGACCAUCUGACCUGAGGUCACAACCACUCCUGACCAUCUGACCUGAGGUCACAACCACUCCUGACCAUCUGACCUGAGGUCACAACCACUCCUGACCAUCUGACCUGAGGUCACAACCACUCCUGACCAUCUGACCUGAGAUCACAACCACUCCUGACCAUCUGACCUGAGGUCACAACCACUCCUGUCCAUCUGACCUGAGGUCACAACCACUCCUGACCAUCUGACCUGAGGUCACAACCACUCCUGUCCAUCUGACCUGAGGUCACAACCACUCCUGUCCAUCUGACCUGAGGUCACAACCACUCCUGACCAUCUGACCUGAGGUCACAACCACUCCUGUCCAUCUGACCUGAGAUCACAACCACUCCUGUCCAUCUGACCUGAGGUCACAACCACUCCUGUCCAGCUGAGUGACCCAACUCACCUCGUCAGUCCUUCCCCUGCACACACACCUGCCCUACCUGGUACACCUGUCUACCAACCCAACACACACCUGCCCUACCUGGUACACCUGGCUACCAACCCAACACACACCUGUCUGGCCCUUGGUGCAGACUGGCCCUCCGAUCUGCACACCAUCCGCCAGUGGGGGUGUGUGUAUUGAUGGAUCAGGAUGUCAACCAAUAACAACAUCGCGCAGGCCAGGAAACUGGUGGAACAACUGAGGAUCGAGGCAGGGAUCGAACGUAUUAAGGUGUCUAAGGCAGCGGCAGACCUGAUGAGUUACUGUGAGCAGCACGCCCGUAACGACCCGCUCCUCGUUGGCAUCCCAACGUCAGAAAACCCUUUCAAAGACAAGAAACCCUGCAUCAUCCUAUAGCUGCACACUCAUCUCUGCACAUCAGACACACACACACCUCUGCCCACACACACACUCCCACUGGCUGACUCUGCAACAGCCAACAAGGCCCAGCUCUGUCAAGCUAUACAUACAACACAUACACACACACACACACACACACACAGAGAGAAACGAAAUAGCCACUCUGGAAAAGCGCCAUACUCAAUAGCCACAGCUAGGGGGCGGUGUCUGUGUUUACAGACCACAUUGCCACGUUAGUGAUAUUAGCCCUGAGUUGUGUCUCUGUGGUGCUGAGGGUAAGCCUGCACUAACAUGCAGCCCUAACUGAUACUGGUUACUGACUCACCCACAGAGAUAGUGACACUCAAGUGGAGAUGACAGAUUUACUUCAAAAAGGGAUUAGGACAAUAAUCUUAAUAGGAAUCCACAGUCGCCUACAUGAAGUUAUAGGCUGAUGUAUAGCAUGUAUUUUAGUGAAUCAAGGAUUUAUUGAUUCAUUGAUUAAUCGAUUGAUUGAUAGCAGUAUCUGUUGAGGUGGGGGUUUAGGUGUGACCAAUCUGGUGUAAAACCUGGGUCGUUCGUGUGAUACAAGCUGUGUUAGCCCUCUCAGCUAAAGCCUAGCCAUUAGCCGUGGAAGUUAAUAUAAGUCUUCAGGUCUCAGGCAUGGUUACCCAUCACUAAAGCACCGUGGCUAUACACGGUGUGUUUGUUAGCCAUAUAGUGGCUGACUUGCCACUGACUUGCUAAGUAUCACAAUGGGGAUGGCCCCUUCCUGAAACCUUGGGUCAACGGUAAUGUCAGUGUUUCCACAAGACAUUGUGUUUUUGUGAACAUAGCAUUGUAAACACUGAGCAGGUUGGUACAUGCUGCAUAUGUACCCACUGUGUUUAAACCCGGAUCAUCUGCAAUGCCACAAGACUGUGUUAGCCCACUGAGCUAAAGCAUAGGCCACAUACACUCCCACUCUAGCGACGGUUAUCGAUCAACAGUGUUACUGCUUUGGUUUUGAUUUCUUCGUCAGUGGGUUUUCUAUCGGCCAAAACUCCAGCUGUGUCGACUUGUGGAGUAAGUUGCCCCUAUAUACUGAUCUAAGAUCAGUCUUGUGUUUUCCCUCUAAUGGUAAAGGGUAGGAUUUAGAGAGGGUAAUCUGAUGCUAGAUCUGUCUAAAAGGCUGCGUUUACA